AUGCGGAAUUUCGGUUUAGAACAGUGUAUACGAGUGAUUCUUGCUUGGUCAGCUGGUCUUAUGUGCUCAUUUGUGGAUAUAAUCAUAAAUAUUACAGAUAUCGAAGAACUGGCACAUCACAAAUAUCAAGUUCUUGAGGACUGUUUAUUUUACCGACUCAGUGAAGAAGCUGAAAAAAUGCAGGGAAAAAUGAAUGCCUUAAUGCUUCUACCACCAACGAUUGCUGCACAUGAAAUAUUAGAUGUCGAUAUACUUGCCGUUUCACUGAAACUUUUGUGGAUGAACGAAAUGUGGCAGGAAAUGAAUAUAAUUGGAUUUCUUUCAUUGUCAUGGAAAGAUCGAAGAAUGAAGUGGAACAUAGAAGAGUGGAAAACAAAUAUUUUGAAAAUCCGAUCAUUUGGUCAGUUAUGGGUUCCAGAUAUAAACACAGAUAAAUUUCAAAUGGAAGCACAAGCUGGCGAUCAUCUGCAAUACCAGAAUAUCGUUGCUAAAAGCAAUGGGAACAUAACAGCUAGACUGGAAUUUAGGAUCAUAGCGCACUGUGACAUUGAUUACCGCCAUUUUCCAGACGUAAAUUUUUAA